UGGUGCCGAUCCACAGAGAAGCUCUUGUCAUUGUUCCCCUGCAGGCUGAGAUCUCUGAGGAUGCUGGAGCCCAGGGACUGUGGAGUGACAACGACGUCCACUCACAAGAUUUCCUUCUCUAUAAUUGAUAUAUUGGAUCCGAAUAAAUUCAACAGCAAACGGGUGAACGAACUUUCCAUCGUCGCGGAGAAGUUUCCUGUGCCAAGCGCGGAGGGAACAAGUCUGGAGUCGGACAGCGACGCAGGGGAAGAUUUCAGAGUUGAGCGCACGGAAGCAGAGGAAGAACCAGGAGAGAAACACUCCACAGCCUCCAGACAACAUGCAGGUGAUGCUGACCCCCUUCUGCUCUCCACACCGUCUGAAACAGUCGACCAGGAUGACGGAGAGACCACGGUCCCCCUGCAGGACCCCUCACCGCACAAAAGGCGGCGCCCGGACCAGGCCUGCGCCAAACCCCGCCGCGCCAGAACAGCCUUCACCUACGAGCAGCUUGUGGCUCUGGAGAACAAGUUCCGAGCUACUAGGUAUCUGUCCGUGUGCGAGAGACUAAACCUGGCCCUGUCCUUGAGUCUGACCGAAACCCAGGUGAAAAUCUGGUUCCAGAACAGGAGGACCAAGUGGAAAAAGCAGAACCCCGGGGCGGACAGCACCUUGCAGCCCGGCUCCAGUUCUCUUGUCAGCGUCAGUCCCAACCCGCCCCCGUGUGGGUCGAACCCUGCCGGCUUCCACCAAACUUUCCCCAGCUUCAGCUCUGGGAACGUGAUCUUCCACACGGCCGGUGCUGUUCCGCUUCCGUCCACCGGAGGGCUCCUGCAUCCCUUCAUGCCCAGUGGAUUCAUCCAGCCGGCUUAUUUCAAUCCCCAUCUAUGAAAGAUAAACCGAGACUGACACGCUGCAGCUGGUGACACUGAAAGACAAAAGAACUAUUGAAAGCUGAAGGCUCAUGACCCAGAAUCCUCGUAACUGAUGCAUUAACGCCGCGUCACGUCCAGCAAACUGAGAAAACGAACUGAGAAAAUCUUUUGUCGUGGACCUUUUUCCAAAAACUUGAGCGUCACAACAAACAAGUGAUCUGUGACUGAGCUGACAGAUUAUUGAAACAUUACUGUUCUUUUAUAGCACCACUAUGCACUGACUGACUGUCCGUCCUUGUGUUUGCUGAAACACCUGCUCACGCCGUCUCUCUGACGGCUCGUACGGCAUCAUUUUUCCACAUCUGUGUGUUGUCUCCCACCUCACGCUGUGGCAUACUGCGACCGUCCGACACCCAGCUGUGCUUCUACCUCUCCCGGGCUCGCACAGCUUACGUCCGCUGCCAUUUCUACAACAUCAUCAGUGUAACUUCAUUAAAAAAAGAGCAUAAAAC